CGAUUAUUAUCCUAGAAUUUUUGCAACAUUCGAUCAGUGUCCUGCAUUCGCUCGCAUUUCUCAUUCUGUGCAGUGUUGAGUGUCGUGUGUUGGUGUAUCUCGAGGCGAUUUUCCUUGCCAAGGCUGAAAAAGUGUUUUCUACAGUGUCGAGUUGAGUGCAACACCCGAUAAAUUCCCACUUGAAUGCUGACAAGUUCGCCUACUACGAUUAUCAAAAGCCCCAUUCAGCUAAUUGAAAAUAUCCGCAAAUUCCAAGGCAACCCUGUGGUUAAUAUUGGUUUUGGGUGGCGCAAGCCCUGAAAUUCUCCUACACGUUGCCGUUUCAAUUCCGAUAUGAAAAUGAAGAUUUAUAAACUUUUAAUUUUAAAUCGUAUUAUUAGAAGCCCUAUGAUGACUCUAUUUCAGUGUGAUUUUGCCUUAUAAUUUUUUUUUCGCUAACUGUGAGGUUAGAAUAAUUUUUCUAGUCCUUGGAAUUUAUUGCCAGGAAUCUUGUGACGUGAUCACCCACUGAUUUGCUCAUACUUAAAAGUAGUGACUAAUCAAUUGAACAUUAAAAAGAGUUUCAAAUUUUGAAACAUUCCUUCUAAGGAUAUUCCUAUUAUUGAAUUAAUGUAUUUUCUCAAGUCUCAUUCUAUUAUGUAUUCAAGUGACUUUAACAGAUAUAUUAAGGUUUGCUGUGGGAAAUAUUUGGAUAGGAUUUGCGAAAUAUCCGCAAACAAGCUGCACCAGAUCGAAUGCUCUUUCUUUUCCACUGAGGCUGCAUACCGAUCGAAGAAUGACCCUGGAGAUUGACAGAGGCUACUAGAAGCUUUGCAUUAUGGCUACUUGACAUUUAUUUGAUGUCUUUUGAAUAUUUGAUGAGCCCUAUUAAUGGUAAAUGGUCUUGGAUAGCAUUUGUCUCUAGGUGUCAUUUGUGUUAAUUUAAACUGGACGUGCGGCUAAGAGCAUGUGGAAAAGGAUAAAAACACAGACUUAGAUGUUGGACACUUUCUAAGAUUUAAUCCUUUUGAACUGUGGGUGGAUUGUGAGUGUUUCGGAGGACUUAUACUGAUACACAAUACGUUUUUUUGCGUCUAUUAUUUGAAAUUUUUAAUUAUAAUAUUAUUUGAAAAAUUGAAUUGCAUUAAGUAGUGAUUUUUGAAAAUUUUGUGAACUUUGGACUUUCUACGACGCGCGAAAUGGGGAGCGAUAAUAUUUUUAGUGUGCUUUUUGGGAAGAAGAAAAAGCUGAAUACGAGGAUUUUGGAACAGAAUGAAGGACUCUUGGGAGGGGAUCCGGUGAAUGAAUACAAAAUGUUCAUCAACAAAGGUCAAGAUGACGAGAUGGAGAUUUUCUACUACCGCACAAGUUCUGUGAAAACGGCGAUCACUUAUUUGGGUUUUAUUUUGACUUGCGGAAUACUCAGACUGGUUUACCAUUGGAUACCACAUCUUUAUCUAAUUUCUACUUGUGUUAAAUGCAAGAUUUCUGAUGCUGAAAAAAUUCUUAUAGUGGAACUGUAUAAUGGAAACCACAAAAUCUACCAUGUAAAAUCGCUAAGAACCCUAACGCCAGAGAGUGUAGCCAAAAUGAAAAUCGACGAUGAUACUUUGCACCAUCAAAACACUGAAAAUGUUACGAUUCCACAAGCUUUAUCUGUGCAUUUUGAAAAAGGAGAAUUCAGAGACGUAGACAAGCUCCUUUUGUUCUCCGUUAAAAAAGUUACAUACCUCUAUGAUAAAGAAAAACGAGAGUUUGCUAAAUUGGCUGGACUGGAUAGUGGGGUUUCUUGUGAUGUUUUCCAUCAGUACCAACCUUUGAACUCUAGCGAGAAUUUCACAAGAAGACUUGUUUAUGGAUCCAAUUUGAUCGAAGUAAAAGAAACAUCAAUCACAACUCUUUUAUUCCUAGAAGCUCUAAAUCCUUUCUACAUUUUCCAAAUUUUAAGUUUCAUUCUAUGGUUCAGCGACGAAUAUUAUUACUACGCUUCAGCGAUUUUAGCAAUGUCGCUAUUCGGUAUCGCUAUGACUGUGAGGCAAACCAGAAAGAAUCAGAGAAAUCUCAAAUCAACGGUUCACUGUAGCGAUGUUUGUACGGUAUUGAGGCGUUCCUCUAACGAAACCGAUUAUGAUGAGUUGAACGAUCACGGAUAUACUACAGAAGUUGUAUCCACGAAUUUACUGGUUCCUGGAGAUAUUUUGGAAAUUCCUUCUCAUGGUUGUAUUAUGCAUUGCGAUGCCAUUUUGUUGACUGGGAAUUGUAUUUUGAAUGAAGCUAUGUUAACAGGUGAAAGUGUUCCAGUAACAAAAACCUCCUUGCCAAACUUCUCCACCAUCUUCGAUCCAAAAGAACAUGCAAGACACACUCUCUUUUGUGGCACCCACGUAAUUCAAACUCGAUACUUUGGCAACGAAAAAGUCCUGGCAGUGGUAAUCAGAACUGGAUUCUCAACAGCAAAAGGAAGCUUAGUGCGCAGCAUCCUAUAUCCACCCCCGGUGGACUUUAGGUUUGAGAAAGACAGCUAUAAAUUUGUUAUUUUCCUGGCGUGUAUUGCAGGCACUGGCUUUUUGUAUACUGUCGUUACGAAGGUACUGAAAGGAGUGUCGGCUAGGGAUUUGAUUUUGCAAGCUUUAGAUUUGAUAACUAUUGUGGUGCCACCUGCUUUACCGGCAGCAAUGACCGUUGGAAGAUUUUAUGCCCAAAUUAGGCUGAAAAAUAAAAAUAUUUUUUGCAUUUCCCCAAGGAGCAUUAACGUUUCAGGAGGCCUCAAUUGCAUUUGUUUUGAUAAGACUGGUACUUUAACAGAAGACGGCCUAGAUUUGCUUUGCGUGGUACCAACAAACGAAAAAUUGUUUAAUUCUCCAGUAUCAACAGUAGACACGAUGCCUUACGACACGUUCCAUCGCGGUUUAGUUUGCUGUCAUUCUCUGACUAUAAUCGACAAUCAAAUAGUCGGAGAUCCUUUAGAUCUGAAAAUGUUCGAAUCCACCAAAUGGCAAAUGGAUGAAUCAGAACUUGCUGAUAAUAAUAAAUUUAAUAUGAUCUUUCCAACAGUAUUUAAGCCUCCUAAAAAUACGGCUCAUCCUAAUGAGAAUCUUGAUGAGGAAUUACAAAUUGGUGUUUUACGUGAAUUUCCAUUUUCGAGCAGUUCUCAACGUAUGGGCGUAAUAAUGAGACGCCUAAGCGGUACCCACUUCGAAUAUUACUGCAAAGGCUCGCCCGAAAUGAUACUUAAUUUUGUGAAACCAGAAACCGUCCCGGCAGAUUUCCAUGACAUUUUAGAAAGUUACACUCAGGAAGGUUACCGAGUUAUCGCAAUGGCUCACAAGGAACUGAAAAUGGGUUACGCCAAAGUGCAAAAAGUUCAACGGGAAGUUAUCGAAAACGAUUUGACGUUUUUGGGAUUGAUUGUGCUGGAGAAUAGGCUGAAACCUGAGACUUUUCCUAGCAUUCAGGCGCUAAAUGAAGCUCACAUACGGGUUAUAAUGGUUACAGGGGAUAACAUUUUGACUGCUAUAUCUGUUGCCAAGGAUUGUGAUAUAGUGCUUCCAACACAAAGUAUUAUUACUGUGGAUUGUGAUAAUAAUAAUCCACCUAAUUUACAUUAUAGGCUUACUAAUACUAAAGAUCGGAGCAAAUCUGUCAAAGAUGCCUCUAUUAUGUCAAAUUCGGCUAGUGUAGUUAGUCUAGAAACUCUUGAAAGUCAGCUGCAAAGUAAUUCAGUCGCCAGGAAUGGUUUUGUAGAAUCUGGAAAUGGUGUGGUUAAAUCAGGAGAAUUGAUGAAUAAUUAUCGGUUUGCUAUGACUGGCAGAACAUGGGGUGUUGUCAAAGAGUAUUAUCCCGAAUUGUUGCCAAGGAUUUGUACACGAGGUACUGUAUUUGCGAGAAUGUCCCCGGAACAAAAGCAACAGUUGGUCCAGGAGCUUCAAGGCUUGGGUUAUUGUGUUGGUAUGUGUGGUGAUGGCGCCAACGACUGCGGAGCCUUAAAAGCAGCCCACACCGGAAUCUCCCUCUCAGAAGCCGAAUCCAGCGUAGCCUCUCCAUUUACCUCAAGAAACCCGAACAUCACUUGUGUUUUGGAUGUCAUUCGUGAAGGCCGUGCAGCUCUGAUAACAAGUUUUGGUAUUUUUAAGUAUAUGGCCGGGUAUUCUUUAUGCCAAUUUGUUUCCGUUUUAAUACUUUAUUCUAUAGAAAGCAAUCUUACCGACAUGGAGUAUUUGUUUAUUGAUUUGGCUAUUAUUUCGAUAUUUGCGUUCUUUUUUGGCAAAACCGAAGCGUAUCAAGGAAAGUUACAUAAACAAACCCCUCUUAGUAGUUUGAUAAGUUUUAGUCCAAUUUUAUCUUUACUUGUUCAUAUGGCUUUUGUGAUAUUUUUCCAAAUGGCUGCAUUUGAACAUUUAAAAUCUGAGCCUUGGUAUGUUCCAUUUAAUAAUACCAAUGACAGUGAAGAUUUCGCUUGCUGGGAAAAUUAUACUAUUUAUACUAUAUCAAGCUUUCAAUAUAUUAUAUUAGCCAUAGUAUUUUCUAAAGGUUAUCCUUAUAGAAAAUCGAUAUUUUCAAAUUACGGGUUUAUUAUAUCUUCCAUUUUUAUGACUGCUAUUUCUGUGUACUUGGCCAUUUAUCCUGCUGAAAUCGUACAAAGAUUUUUUGAACUUAAACUGCCAGAAAGUAUGGAUUUCCGUUUGUAUAUUUUAGGAUACGCAAUGGCUAAUUUUGUUGUUAGUAUGUUCGUGGAAAACUUUUUUAUUGAAAAAAUCGUUUUUAAAAGAUUAAGAUUCAAAUUCCACGAUGCCGACAAAUCAAAGAAGAAAUAUUUGGCUAUUGAAAGGGACUUGAAAAAAGAACGAAAAUGGCCUGUACUUACGUCUGAUUUUAAGAGUGCUGCUAGUCCUUUAAGUCCAGCUCCUGAAUGUCAUGCUGAAAUUGUUGUCGAAAAAGAAUCUACAUUUGGUAAAAACCACGUACUUAAUAAGCUCCUUGAUAACAACGGUAACAAUGGCAUAAUAUCGUGUCCAAAUUCGGCUUUUACAACUCCCACGCACAUUUUGGCAACACCUAAUCAUCAAUACAGCACUCCUAGCCAUCAAAUGCCAUCGCCAGCUCACAAAUUAUCAUUAAAUAAUCACGAAACUGGCUAUUUUUCCCAAGAAAACUUAGAUUUUUCCAGUCUUCCUUCUGAAAAUAAUUAUUCUAGUCCCACCAAAAGUGACACGUUUAAAUCAGUAAGUAACAAUCAGAGCAGCUACGAUAUGGCUAGUUCUGAACUCAAUAUUCCUGAUAUACCUUUCGAUGAUGCUUCCGUAACUGUAAUGAAUUCGCCCACUAAGUCCAUUGACAUAUCAUUUGGAAAUCAGCGUGGCGACUAUGAGAAUUCCCCUAGAAAUUAUUCGCACUUUAAUUCGUUUGGUAUCAGCAAAAGUCCUCCGGAAGGCGCGAACGAAAACAAUUUACGUUUAGAAUUAAAUAAUUUCGACACUAAUAGGUGAUACGAUAAGGUUGUAGUUAAGGUUUUGAUUUUCAUUUAUAGAUGACACUUUUUUAUUGGUUAAAAGGAUUUGAUUCAGAAACUUGAUUAAAUAACUGUUCAGGGUGUUUUUUGACUUUGGCAAAAAAAGUCAAAAAAAUUGAAGAAACAAAAAAAAAAUGACGUGGUGUUGUUUCGGGAAUUGGGACUUUUUUUUGGUUUAUUUUGCAUUAUUUGAAGUGAGAAGCAUUUUUGGACUAGUAGCUUGAGAUAGACCUUGUUAGAGAUGGUUUACUAACUUAGGUUUAUAGUGGAGCUUGUUUGCUUAACUGGAAGUUUAAAUGAUGAUAAAACUAGAAAUCUCAUUUUCGUAAAGGCAAAUCAUCAAAGAAAAUUCGUAUCCAAUAUCGACAUUGUCAGUUAGCAAAUUAUGAGAAGUGCAAAAAGUUUAAGCAAGGAUUAACAGCAAUCUUUUUUUCUACAGUAACUGCCGUUUUAAAACUUGUAAAUAAUUAAAACUUACACCUGAAUCCAAAAAUGCUUCUCGCUUCUCAGUACUUAAAUAUAUGUUUUAAAACAAGAGUACUUACAAUUUGUGGUAGGCCAAAAAACUUUUAUUUCAAAAAAAUCAUAAAAUGGUUCCUAUUUUUUUAUUGCCAUUCAUAGUAAGAAAUCUAUUGGGUAAACAAAAUAUUGACUUUUGUAGAUUCAAAAGUUGCCAUGGGUUUUGGGUUUGGGUAUAAGGCCUAAGAUAAGGCAAAUAGUUAUAAAUAAAUGUGUGUGUAUAUUACUAGUGUCAUGUAUCAUCCAAUAAUAAUAUAUUAAAUUGUGUGUUUAUUGUGCAUCUAGUUACCAGAAUAAUUUAAAAUUAAUAUGGACCGUCCAUCGAUUUCAAUCUGAUACUCCAAAGAAGGAAUGUGAGCUGGUGGCGCACUACGUUAGAACGCCAAUGGUUACCAGACGUCACACUUGUUUUUGCUAUACCCUCUCGCUCCUCAUACGGAAAGUGUCAGCAGAUCAAAAACGACGGACAAUAUUGCAUUUUUUCUAAAAUUUAUUGUUAUUAAUUAAAUAAUCACUUAUUUAUGUUUUAGUAAUCUUGCAUUGCAAGUUUCUUUAAAAUUGUUCAAGAAAUAUUAAAGAUGGUUGUACUAUAAGCAAAACACUGUAGUGAUAGUAAUUUUGUGAUUAAUUAUUGAACCCGAUGGUAGAAAUUGUUUAUGACUUAUUAAUAGUUGAAAAUGGAAUGUAAUUUAUAAUAAGAAAAUUGUGUUUUAAUAGCAUUAGGAAUUGUUGAAAAUUAUGAGAAAAUGUAUUUUUGUGUAAGAAUAUUGAAUACAUUUUCAAGGGUCCAGAAAUAAAUAUUUACAAAAAUGCAAUUUCUUCAUAAUUUUUUGUUUUUAUGUUUUAUUACUAACAUUGUUUUCUGUUACUAUUAAUAUUCAUUCAUCUACUUAAUCGUGUAUAUGUACCUUUUAGUAUUAUUACACUUAAUUUAUUUUACAAACUAUACAUAUUUACAGGUGAAACUGUAUGUCUAUCUACUUUAUACUUUGUUUUUUUUUCUUCUUAUUUAUAAUAAAUUUAUUUUUAAACAGC